AUGGCCUCCAAACUCCCCUUCAACAACGCCAUCCACAUCUCAAAGAAGUACACUCAAGGCAGCACCGGCGUCUUCGAGCGCAUCCGCCGCUUCUUCGCCGUCGAUCCCGAGCGCAGCAACGGCGUCCCCGUCAAGCACUUCCGCAACCCCGCCCCCGGCGGCCAGGACCCGAAAGCCUACGACGACCCCGUCACCGUCCCCGCCGCCGACAUUGCGGACAACCCAUACUGGCGCCGCGAUGUGCGAAGGGCGUACCCAGUGAGCAGUACGAUUACGCAAUCAAAAGCGGUGCAGCUGCUGCAUAUGGGGAGUGCGGCGAAGCCGAGUCCGCAGCUGUUAGCCGGGGAGGAAGGCAGUAAGCAGUUGGUCGAGGCAGGCAAGAUGGGUGACGAAGCUGGUGGAUUAGCGGUUUACCUGCAGGCAAAGGAUCUGGGUCUGGGAAAGGUGAAUGAGGUGUUGGUUGGGGAAGGUGGUAUGCCGCCGAUGCCCGUGGCGACGAGGAGUAAGGUUGGCACAGGCGGCGUGGAGAAGUAUCACGUUGCGGAGGAACAGGCUUACAACGAUCAGUAUCCCUGUCGGUCGUUUGUUUGA